UGUUUCCUUUAAUUGUUUUGAUUUUGCAUGUUCGAUAGAUGUGACUUUUUGUGUUUGUUGUGUGUCUAUCGAGAUCUUACUUCCAAUUAUUGGUGAUCUGAGGUUAAUUUUACUGCUAGUUAGAAUUGCGUGAUUUGGUUUAGAUCACAAAAAUUGCUUGCGAACUCUCUCACACACAUGUCAAACAGUAAUUAACUUCUUCCUAGCAUUGCUGCAUGUGUUUUGCUUGAUUUAGGGUAAUAGUGGUGUUGGAUCUUAAUUCAGCAAGCAUAGGAUCGAUUCCUCUGCUGCUUUAUUUGAUUAAGGAAGAAAUGCUUUUCAAGUAUGAAUCGAAGCCAUUUUUGACCUUCUAGUUUCAUCCAGAUCUACUGAGGCUGUGUAUCUGCAGUUAGUUAACUUGUAUAUUUUUUACUUUCAAAUCUCCACCUGUAACUCAGAUUUAUUCAGCUUAUAAUUACAUAUAGGUCUGUGAAGUGUGAACUGGAGCUUGAAUACAUGCCAUGGUUGUUAACAAUUACCUGUUACUGAGCGACAAACACGAACAGGUUGCUAAUGGAGAGGAGGUGUGAGUUCUGCACGUCGUUGUGCUCAAUCGUGUAUUGUAAAGCAGAUGCAGCACACCUCUGCUUGUCCUGUGAUUCCAAGGUCCAUUCAGCCAAUGCUCUUUCCUACAGACAUCCGCGCACGCUUGUGUGCGAAUCUUGUCGAUAUUACCCGGCGCUAAUUCGCUGCUUCGACCACGCGAUGUUCAUGUGCCAAAGCUGCGACACCAACCAUCACGUAGCUUUCCAGCACCAGAAGAGAGUGAUCAGCUGCUAUGUAGGCUGCCCUUCUGCCAAGGAUUUGGCUGCCCUGUGGGGGCUAGACUGCAACAAAUUGGAUCGUAAAUCUCUAGCUUCCGGGGCUCCCAAUUCGAGCAUUUCUAGCAAUCAAGAAAUCAGCUACUUGAUCCUGCAACAAAUCCAGGACUUGGAAAAGCUCCAGCUAUCCGAGGGCAUCAACAGUAGUUCAUGCUCGGUGCAUGUCAAAGAGAGAACCAUUGGAUUGCCAUUCAGACAGAAAACUCUAAACACUUCUCCAAUGGAGCAAUUCAAUGGACAGAUCGACUUCCAGAAUUCGGACAACGUUAUCGAGGUCAAGGCUGAGGAGCCGCUGUCGUCGCCAUUCUCCCAAUUGGACAGCCUGCAAGGAGGAGAUUCAUAUUGGCAAUGCAAAAGCCCACUCCAUAACAAUGAGAUUUGGCUUCAAAACAUGCAAGAUCUUGGCGUUUGUGAUGAGGUAAAAUGGAUGGAUGAUGGUAAUAUACCCGACGUGGACUUGACCUUCCGCAAUUUCGAAGAACUAUUCGGAAGUGAGCACGAGCCAGGCAGAGGCAUGGUUGAUGAUAUAAACACGAAAGUUCCCGGUCCAUCCCCGGUUCGGGUGGAGAAGGUCUCAGCUGAACCGGAUGGAAUGCAGACAAGCAAUUAUCCAAUGAGGGCAUGUUAUUCAACGUCAUCCUUUUCCGUGUCGAGGAUGACAGGCGAAAGCAGCGGUUCUGAGUACAAGGAUGAUGGUGUCUCCCCGACUUUCCCAACCCAACAACAACGUAACUACCCUCAUGACUCGGACAAUGCAAAUAAAGGCAGUGUCAAUGUGGUGAUGAGAUGCAAAGAGAAGAAGGUGUUGAGGCAUGAGAGGCAAGGCAUGAUGCAUAAUAGAUUCCCAAGAUCCAAAUCAGAUAUCAAGAAAAGGGGUAGAGGUCAGGCUUUGAAGGCAGAAAGCUCUGCAACCGCUAGAAGCUUCUGAACACACUCAUGACAACCAUUCCUUCAUCAAUUCAUCUGCUUGUUAGUCUGUAAAUAUUAUUAUUAUUAUUAUUAUUGUCAUCCAGCUGAGAAUGCUCUUCCACCAAGUUAUUCUCUCUUUUUUUCACAUUCGUGUCGAGUCCAAUUUUGAUCUCGGGAGAUAGUGUGUUGUGUUGUCCACUGUUAUUAUUAUUACUAUUAUUAAUAUUUGUCGCUGUCGUGUAUAUGUAUGUAUGUAUAUUUUGUUUUUAAUCUUAUCAGUAAAUAAAGAGCAGUGCAAUUGCGUGGAAAUUCCUUAAAGUUGAUCAAGGCCGUCGAUCGAGCAUGGCCCACACAAUCAACGGUCCGAUUGAGAUCCCCUGCAAACCGUGUAGUCAGUGGUGGACCCCACACGCUACGAGAUGCGCUUUUCAACGUACCUGUGGUUUCUAUAAAUACAACCGUCGGGGAAGUGUGGGGAAAUCAGAAAUUAGGGUUUGAAGGAAGGAAGAAAGAGGAAAGAAGUUGAGAGAUGGAAGAGGAAUGGGGGACGUGGUAAGAUGUAGGAUUAUCUAAUGAUUACUUAAGCCUUUGCAUCUUACCUAUGCCUCCCAUUCCACUGCUUUCUCAACUCGAUUUUCCCUUUCCCUUUCCCUUUGGCACGAAGAUAAGAAGAGAAUUGGGAAAACGAUGCAGAGGUAAGGGGAAUCGUAUGGCUUGGGCAGAGAGAGAUUCGUUGAUUCAGAUUUGGUUAUCUUCUUCUCCUCUGCUUCUUUCUAAUUUCUAUAUUAUUGUCUUUUGUUUCAUGUGAUUUAUUGAUUAUUAUAAGAGCUUUAAUUUGUUGCAGACGCAGGAAACGGAAAAGAAGGAACAAUCUGCGAAACACCAGUUAGAUUCCAACAAAAUAAAAUAAAAUAAAAUAAAAUUGCAUGUAUUUCCAGAUGAACUCUAAUGGAUCGAUCAAUUUUAUCUUUUACAAAAAAAAAAAAUAAUAAAAAAAAUAAAGAUAAAAUUGAGGCACAUUAAAACAUAUUCAUUUAAAUUUCAAUAAAGGAGCCCGUUAUAAAUUUGUGAUUCUAAGACCAUUUUUAUGACAAAGGCUCAAUAAUAAAUUUAGUGCCGUCACUUUCAACAAGGCCCAAAGUCCAUUAUGUUUUAAUAUUAAUUAAAAUACCCAAGGGCUUCUGACGGCCCACAUUUAAGCAUGAGGCCCAUAUUGAUACAAUAGGAGACCAAUUCAACAUGUUAUAUUUACACAAGGCCCAUUAUACAAACCCAAUUGAUGUUGGUAGGUUGAAAUUGAAUUCAAGAUGUUUUAGUAGAAAAUAUACUCCUAUAUCAUAUGAAAAUAUGAUAAAUGUAUAUAGGUUUGGUUGUUUUGUGUUUUUCAAUUUGCGGUUUUUUUUAAAAAUAAAAUAAAAUAAAAUAAAGUGUGAACAAAUAUAUUGUUAAUAUACAUAGUAAUAUAUAUAUAUAUAUUGUGUAUGUAUAUAUUUUAUUUUGUAUAAGAUUAAUAAGAAUUGCGUGAUGAAAACACAUAUAUAUAUAUAUAUAAAGCAAUAGGCUAAAUGCAAUAAUUUGCAAAUUACAUCAAUUAAGUAAAUCAAAUUAAAAAUAAAAAAUAAAAAAUUGUGUGAUUACAGAUUUCAUUUACAGUAGCAACUUAGUCAAAUUUGCAAAAAAAAAAAAAAAAGAAAAAGAAAAAGAAA